CACGGCUAUCUUCGAGUUUUCUGACUUCAACUGGAAGAACAGGUCAGGGCAGUAAGCUACGAGUCCGACUAACAAUUCGCGCUCUGAGAAUACAGAUUUUGCCCACCCUUUUCAGAGCGGGAGCGUGAGGCUAUCGCCGGCGAUUUCCCCGCCGCCGCAGAAUCAUCGACGCCGUGAAUCAGAAUGAUGAAAAGUGCGGACAAGAAAAGGAAGAAGGAGAGUAAGAAGUGCGAGUUUGAAUUCUGCAAAGUAUGCAAUCUCAAUCACGACCACGGCAACCGCCACAAGUACUUCCCCAACCACACCAAAUCGCUCUCCACUUUCCUCCAUCGGUUCCAGACCAAGCUCUCCGACAUUCGCUUCUUCCUCAGAAACCCUACCAUUCUCCGUCCCGAGCUCGCCUCUCGCAAUCGCUUCUGGUGCGUCGUCUGCGAUGCUGAAGUCGACGAGAUCGGUAGCUCAUUCGCCUGCGCUAAUGCAAUUAAUCACCUUGCAAGUGCGGAUCAUGCCAAAAAAUUGAAGCAUUUUCUAUGGAAAUAUGGUGGUGGGAUGGAUCACGCCGACAACUUUCGGUUCUCAGAAGCUGAUUUAGCCAAGUGGGAGAAGAAGUGCCAUUCACUGAACGACGGAUCUUCAUCAUGUAGUGAUCGAACUAAUGGGCUGCAAAUCGGACCUUCAAAUGAUAUCCAGAAUGAGCUCAGCUAUAAGAGCAUUAAUGACUUUGAAAACAAUAAUUUGGGUCCUCUUACUCCAAAAUUUCUAAAUAAUGUUUUGCCUUUACAAUACAAUACGCAUAAGUAUCAGAUAUCACAGUCAGGACACCCAGCAACAGCCGCUGAUGGUAGAAUUGUUUGUGGUGCUCACAUCACUGCAUCUGGAAAUGCUUGUUCAGCUUCAGACAGGUGGAAUUCAAACAACAUAACAGGUUGGCAAAACAGUCAGCAUUGCAUCCCUCACACAGAUGCGGUUGGCACAAGUAAUUUUGGGAAUGGAGGAGUAAGUGUACUUCUUACUCCAUUUGACCUUUCAUUCAGGGUAAACACAUGGCCAUUGGAGGGAGCAAUUUACACGGUUUGGCUAGUAUUGCUCAAGUCUCUGUCAUGGCUCCUGGGCUGGCAGAAGGAAAUGUGCACACAGGAGCACCUCCUCCUUGGCUUGAGAUGACAGUGGAACAUCAUCCUGAGGAUACCUCUGUUCCUCUGUCUAGUAAGAAAGGGAAAUCCAAAUUGAAUCCAAAACGGGUGGGUGCAGCUUGGGCAGAAAAGAGAAAAGCCGAACUUGAGAUGGAGAAGAGAGGAGAGAUUGUCAACAGUGAUUGUGGCCCCAACUGGUUACCAAAUUUUGGUAGAGUUUGGCAGUCUGGAAGUCGCAAGGAAUCUCUCAAAGAAUUUGAAAGUGAAAAACCGGAGCUUCCCAAAGUUGAAGUUGAUCCUGAAAUGCCGAUUACACUACGACCUUACGUCAGUAAGCGAAUGCGAGAAGAUACAAAUGAGUGAUGGAAAAUGUAGUUUGCGGUGUAUGAUUGAUGAGGAGUGUAACUGAUAGUAAGUUGACGUUAUUCUUUCUGUGGAGGUGAAUUGUGUCCGGUUGUCAAUGGAGAAGACAGUCAUGGGCCCGGAUGGAAUGUGGCAACCAAAUGGAAUGGAGAAGGAAUGUAUAUCGGGCAUGCCAAAGAUUGAAGGUGAAAUGUGGCUGUUAGGAAUUUAACUCAGGAAACAGAAGUUCAAUUUUGUUGUUGUAAGUAGUAAACAGCCUUGCCUUUCCACUUGCUCUCUACUGCAUCUUCCUGUGCAACACUCAACUCUACCUCCUACAGCAAGAUCACAAGGUCACUUCUCUGUGAAACCAGACACCGUUUCGUCUUUGAACACUAGUUUGGAACUGUUAUUUUAAUGAGAAAAUUUGGAUUGUGGCACUAUUCUGUACAUGCA